AUGAUCGGAAACCUCCACCAGCUCAGUCUCCAACCUCACCACUCUCUUCGUUGUCUUAGCCUCCGAUAUGGACCACUUAUGCUCCUUUAUUUCGGCUGCACACCAGUGUUCAUAGUCUCCUCCGCCGAUAUAGCUCAUGACGUCAUGAAGACGCACGAUCUUAAGUGUGCCAAUCGUCCAAAAACAAAAGUGGUCGAUAAAAUUUUGAGUGGUGGUAGAGAUGUUGCUUUUUCCCCUUACGGAGAAUAUUGGAGACAAAUGAAGAGUAUAUGCAUCCAGAAUUUACUCAGUAACAAGAUGGCCCCGUCUUAUGAGAAAAUAAGAGAAGAAGAAAUAAAACUAAUGAUCAAAAAGCUGGAAAAAGCGAUCUCUUCUUCUUCUCCCUUACUUGUAAAUCUAAGCCAACUCCUUAUGACUUUGACUAACGAUAUAAUAUAUAGAGUUGCCUUGGGAAGAAAAUAUAGCGACCCCGAAGACGGAAUUGAUGUUGAGAACAUAGUGAGUACAUUUGCGGCUGUCUUGGGUGAGUUUCCUCUAGGGGAAUACAUUCCUAGCUUAUCGUGGGUUGAUAGGAUCCGUGGUGUGGAUCAUAAACUGGAGGAAGUGGAUAAAAGGUUUGAUGACUUUCUCGAAAGAGUGGUGAAAGAACAUGAAGAGGCAGAUAAAGAGAAUAGAUCGGACUUUGUUGAUAAGUUACUAACGAUUCAAAGAGAUAAUACCGGACAAUUUAAGCUUGAAAAGGGUGCCUUAAAACUUAUCAUAUGGCAUAUGUUUCUAGCAGGAACCGCUACAACUCUCUCAUUUCUUGAAUGGACAAUGACAGAACUUAUCAGACAUCCGAAGGCCAUGACGAAACUCCAAGAAGAGAUCCGUUCAAGUUCGCAACAUGAUUCAUAUGUAACGGAGAAACAAGUUGAGAAGAUGAACUAUUUACAAGCUGUUAUUAAGGAGGCGUUAUGGUUGCGUCCUCCGGCUCCACUAUUACUUCCCAGAGUAUAUAGUGAAGAUCUCAGGUUAAAGGGGUAUGAUAUUGCUGCAGGAACACAGGUUAUAAUCAAUGCUUGGGCAAUCCAACGAGACACUUCAACAUGGGGGAUAGAUGCAGAAGAAUUUAGACCAGAAAGACAUAUAAACUCGGAUUUAGAUUUUCACCGACAAGAUUUCAAAUACAUUCCAUUUGGUUCGGGUAAAAGGAUAUGUCCUGGAAUCGAAUUCACAUCGGCAUUGAUUGGUGUAACAUUGGCCAACAUUGUGAAACGUUUCAACUGGAGAAUGGAUGUUGAACCGAAAAGUGGUCAUGAUGAUCUAACUGAAGUAAGCGGUCUCGUGAUUUUCCGUAGAUUUCCUCUUAUUGCUAUUCCAUCUUCUGCUUGA